AUGCAUCACCAUGAACAAACGCCAGGGAAUGCAUGUAAUGGGAGCGCACGCGAAGGCGGAUUGGUAUGGCGCGGGUGCUCAGCCGAGUGCGACGCAGAAGACGGCGCGGCGGGUGCGCUCACCGACGGCAACGCCAACCCAGGAGACAAGUUGGAGGGGUCGGACGCAGCUCCGGACGACCCUGUUCACCUCAAGAGACGGGUGGGACUCUUCAGUGGGGUGGCUCUAAUUGUUGGCACUAUGAUCGGUUCUGGAAUAUUCGUCUCGCCCUCUGGGCUUCUGGAGCGUACCGGCUCAGUGGGCAUUAGCUUCAUCAUUUGGAUGGCAUGUGGCCUGCUCUCGCUGCUUGGAGCGCUCGCAUAUGCGGAGUUGGGAACGAUGAACACGUCGUCAGGCGCUGAGUACGCCUACUUUAUGGACGCUUUCGGAGGACCUCCUGCGUUUCUAUUUUCAUGGGUAUCGACAUUAGUACUGAAGCCAUCUCAGAUGGCUAUAAUAUGUUUGAGUUUCGCAAAAUAUGCAGUGGAACCAUUCGUAUCAGAGUGUGAACCGCCAACCAGCCUGGUCAAACUUGUCGCGGUCAUUUCUAUUGUGAUGAUAUUAGCUGUAAAUUGCUACAGCGUCAAUUUAGCUACGAAUGUACAAAACAUCUUCACGGCAGCUAAGCUGGUGGCGAUUGCGAUCAUUGUGGGCGGUGGAGCUUACAAGUUAAUAUUAGGUAAUACGCGACAUUUACAGGAGCCCAACUUCGCAAGUAGCACCGCCACGCUGGGCAACAUUGCCACAGCGUUCUACACUGGCCUUUGGGCAUAUGACGGUUGGAAUAACCUGAACUAUGUCACUGAGGAAAUUAAGAAUCCAUCCAAGAACUUACCGUUGAGCAUAAUAAUCGGCAUUCCGCUGGUGACGCUCUGCUACGCCUUGGUGAACGUGUCGUACCUGGCUGUGAUGUCGGUGAGCGAGAUGGCGGACAGCGAGGCAGUGGCAGUCACCUUCGGGAACAGGCUGCUGGGUCCACUCGCCUGGCUCAUGCCACUCGCAGUCACCAUCUCAACAUUCGGAUCUGCCAACGGCACGCUGUUUGUCGCGGGAAGGUUGUGUUUCGCAGCAUCUAGGGAAGGUCAUUUGUUGGACAUCUUAUCGUACGUCCACGUGCGCCGUUUCACUCCAGCUCCAGGACUGAUUUUCCAUUCCUUGAUAGCAGUGGCAAUGGUGUUGUACGGAACGAUAGACUCGUUGAUUGACUUCUUCUCCUUCACCGCGUGGAUCUUCUACGGCGGCGCAAUGCUCGCAUUGAUCGUUAUGAGGCGUACGAAGCCGCAUGCACCCAGACCAUAUAAGGUGCCGAUUAUAAUCCCGUACGUCGUAUUGCUGGUGUCGACCUACCUGGUGGUAGCACCAAUUGUUGACAAGCCCCAAUGGGAGUACCUAUACGCCACCGCCUUCAUAUUCGGUGGCCUCUUGGUCUACGUGCCUUUCGUCAAGUGGGGCUACUCUCUACCGUUCAUGGAUAAAAUAACCGUUUUCUUGCAAAUGGUGCUGGAGGUAGUGCCAACGUCAACAACGUUCGAAUAUUAG